AUGCAGGACACCAUCGAAGACUUCAUGCAAAGCGUCGAUGAUAGAGACGCUAAGCCAGAUGGCUUUAUGGAGAAGGUCAAGCAUGAAUUAGGGAAGUUGGGGAAGAUAAAUACUCGCCAUCGCAUUGGAAGUGAGAUGCAAGAUUUGAAGAAACAAUUCAUUGAGGUGGGUGACAAGAAUGCAUGCUAUGUUAAUUUGUCCUUGUACAAGUACUUUGUUGUUGUUGACGAUAUAUGGGACGUGGAUACAUGGGAUACUGUUAAGCGUGCAUUCCCCGCUACAAGUUCUACCAGUAGAAUAAUCACCACCACUCGUAUGAACAGUGUCGCUCAUUUAUGUUGUUCAUCAUUCAAUGGUCAUAUUUACAAUAUAAGGGCUCUUGAUAUGAUGCACUCAAGACAGUUAUUUCACACAAGAUUAUUUAAGUCCGAUGAAGAUUUCCCUUCAUACCUUCAAGAAAUUGCUGAGCAUACAUUGGAAAAAUGCGAUGGAUUACCUUUGGCGGUCAUUACUAUAUCUGGUUUGUUGGCUAACACAGAAAGAACAGAAAAUAUAUGGAAUCAAGUAAAAGAUUCAAUUGGCCGUGCACUUGAAAGGAAUCCCAGCGUCGAGGGAAUGAUGAAGAUUUUGUCACUUAGUUACUUUGAUCUUCCUGCUUAUCUAAAAACUUGCCUCUUAUACCUAAGCAUAUAUCUUGAAGAUUCUACUAUUGAGAAGAAGGACCUGGUAAGAAGAUGGAUUGCUGAAGGAUUCAUUCAUGGAGAUGGUAGAUACACGGCAUAUGAGUUAGGAGAAAGGUAUCUUAAUGAACUACUCAAUAGGGGUUUGAUCCAACCUGGAAACAGAAAUAUGUAUGGCGUGGUGAACAGUUGUUGCGUUCAUGACACAAUUCUUGGUUUCAUCAUAUUCAAGUCCAUAGAAGAGAACUUUGUUACUUUACUUGGUGUUCCCAUUCUGACAAUUGGGAAACAAAGUACAGUUGUUCAUCGACUCUAUCUACAAGGUGUCGAGGAAGGAAAUUCAGCGGUAGCAAACCUCGUGCUUUCCCAUGUCAGAUCAAUUAUUGUGGUUAGAGGUCUGUUGGCAAUCCCUUCUUUGGAGGAGUUCAGACAUCUGCGUGUUCUCAACUUGAAGGAUUGCUCCCAAUUGGAAGAUCAUCAUCUUGAAAAUAUAGUGAGGUUGUUCCAGCUCAGGUACCUGAAACUCGAAGGUACAAGAAUAAGCAAGCUCCCAGAACAAAUUGGUCGUUUAGGAUGCUUAGAGGUGCUGAACCUAAGAGGGACUUCUAUAAAGGAAUUACCUGCAUCUAUUGUGAAUCUCAAAAAAUGGAUGCAUCUACUUGUUGAUUAUGAUGUUAAAUUUCCUGAUGAGAUUGCAAAGAUGCAAGCACUAGAGACGUUGAAAACUGUCGAUGCCUCCAUUCAGCCAUUAGACUUCCUGUGCGGCCUUGGUCAGCUAAUGAAUUUGAGGAAUCUGCGGAUUGACCUUGAUUGCGAAUUUGAUUCUGACACUGUGGAUACAAAUAUGGUUGGGGAGGAGCACAACAAAGCUAUUGUCUCCUCCCUGUGUAAGCUAGGCACCCAUAAUCUCCAGUCCCUGAAUAUUGGGUUUGGGCGCAGCCUCUUACAUGAGGAAUCUUUGUGCCUGCCUACCCUCGAGGACCUUUCUAUCUGUUUUUCGGCCUUCCCACAGGUUCCUACAUGGGUGGGCUCCCUAAGAAACCUCCAACGGCUAUGCCUUCGUGUGGAGGGGCUCAAGCAGGACGACCUCUCCACCCUUGGGGCUUUACCCAGUCUGCACGUUCUGUAUCUGCUUGGAGAAAUAGAGUCAAACGGAAAGCUCAAAAUCAGUAGUGAAGUUAGGUUCCGAUUCUUGAAGACUUUUAUUUAUGAUGCAUGUUCUGAACCAGUAGAUCUGAUGUUUGGGACAUGCUCCAUUCCAAAGCUAGAAAAACUCGAGCUUAAGUAUAUUCGCAUAGUUGAAGCUAACUCUUUGGGCUUUGGAAUUGAAAACCUCCCUUGCCUCACAAGUGUCAAAUGCAUUUAUGUUGAUGGUGAUGAUGGCAUUGUUGAAGCCGUGAAGACUGUCAUGGAGAGAGGAGCCAGCACACAUCCCAACUACCCUAGUCUACUCUUUGAGAGAUUGGUGUUAGGUUGA